AUGUCUUCAUCCCACGUCACAUCCGCCCUCGUCGUACUUGCACAGGACGCAGUGGAAGCUGCCCAGUUUCUGCUGGACUUCCGAGGAGAAGCCCAUGGGACACUUGGGGGCGUCGCUGCCCACAGGCGUGGAGGGCUGUGCGCCGCCAGAGGCCAGGAAGGGGCAUUUCCCAGGUGCCUUGGGCGCCUCGGCCUGCUCCGGGAUCUGGGAGUGAAAGGGGCACCCAGCGGCUUGCGCGGCAGCCUUGACGCUGAUCUGGGGAGGGUUGCCCGCCUCCUUGUUACCAUUCCCCCGCUCGCUGGGGGUCCGAGAGGGGUCAGGGACGGGAGACGAUGUCUCCUUGGCGCCACCCAUGAAGCGCCGGAAGGGGCAGCCAGAGGAGGCGGGGGGGGGAAUGGUGGUGGCAGGGUCUCGGGAAUCUGCGCCUGCCACACGUCCCGAAGCUGCAGGAUGGUCCAGGUCUGA